GUUGUCUUAUGCAAGCUUACCUUCGUGGGCGGCACCGCGUACGUAGCCCCUUCCUGUUUUUUCCUCAGAGGCUUUUCAGUUCUCGCUUCGUUAUCUCGCUGUAGGACUUGAUAUCUCUUCACGAGUACGUCAUGGCUCCCAAGAAAUGUCCGGAAGCCCAGAGGUCCCCCAGAGUCGCAGUGCUCCUCCAGAGCAAAAGCCGCAGAAAUCCUUCGGAGCAGAAGCCGGAAGCCAAGAAGCUAUGUGCGCUGGGUCCUGUUUCUAGCAAGAAGUGUGAGUCGUGCAGCCUUUUGGCAGAGUUGUCUAGCCUGCAGAGCCCUCCAUGGAGCAGUCGCAGCAUCGUCAGGGAACUUGACCAGUAUAAGUUGGGCAAAGCCACCUGGCCAUCUCUACAACAGGGUCUCCAAAAGUCCUUUCUGCACUCUCUGGCCUCUUACCGGGUAUUCCAAAAAGCUGCCCCCUUUGACAGGAGGACUACGUCCUUGGAAUGGCACCCAACUCAUCCCAGUACCGUGGCUGUGGGCUCCAAAGGGGGAGAUAUCAUGCUCUGGAACUUUGGCAUAAAGGACAAACCUAUCUUCCUUAAAGGGAUUGGAGCUGGAGGAAGCAUCACUGGGCUGAAGUUUAACCACCUCAAUACCAACCAGUUUUUUGCCUCCUCAAUGGAGGGCACAACCAGGCUGCAGGAUUUUAAAGGCAACAUUCUUCGAGUUUAUACCAGCUCAAACUCUUGCAAGGUCUGGUUUUGCAGCCUUGAUGUUUCUGCCAAGAGCAAAGUGUUGGUUACAGGAGACAAUGUGGGACACGUGAUCCUGAUGAACACAGAUGGCAAAGAGCUUUGGAACCUCAGAGUGCACAAAAAGAAAGUAGCCCAUGUGGCCCUGAAUCCCUGCUGUGACUGGCUUCUGGCCACAGCCUCCAUAGAUCAAACAGUGAAAAUUUGGGACCUGCGCCAAAUUAAAGGGAAAGCCAGCUUCCUCUACUCACUGCCUCACAGGCAUCCUGUCAAUGCAGCCUGUUUUAGCCCAGAUGGAGCUCGCCUCCUGACCACUGACCAGAACAGUGAGAUUCGGGUUUACUCUGCCUCCCAGUGGGAGAGCCCCUUGAGCCUGAUCUCCCACCCUCACCGUCAUUUUCAGCACCUCACACCCAUAAAGGCAACCUGGCACCCACGGCACGACCUCAUUGUUGUGGGCAGAUACCCAGAUCCUAAUGUCAAAAGUUGUGUUCCCUACGAACUAAGGACAGUAGAUGUGUUUGAUGGAAACUCGGGGAAGAUGAUGUGUCAGCUCUAUGAUCCGGGGUAUUCCGGUAUCACUUCGCUCAAUGAGUUCAGUCCUAUGGGGGACAUACUGGCCUCUUCUAUGGGUUAUCAUAUUCUCAUUUGGAGGCAAGAGGAAGCUUGGUCACAGAAAGAUGAUGAUCAUGAAACACAGUGAUGAAGGUGUGGGACAGUAAAACCUGGAUCCCACAAAUGGGGACAAGUUCUGUGAGAAGAGGAGGCUGUCUGUUAAUAGGCCACAAGCACCCAACUCUUAGGGUUGGAGUAGGGACACUUGUGGCAUGGGAUGCUGUGGGACUAGGAUACUGACAUGGUACUGUUCGAGAUUUUUGUUUGUUUGUUUUUGUUUUUUGAGACUGUUCUGGAUUUUGCUCCAGAAAUG